AUAAAAUUAAAAUUAUCCUCUCACUCUUUCUCUUUCUCUUUCUCUUUCUCUUUCUCUUUCUCUUUCUCUCUAUAUAUAAAUAUCCUAUCUCAUUUUCUCUUUCAUUUUCUUUUCUUGAGAGAAAGAAACUAAAAGAGAGAUAUGGGAACUAUAUAUGAUGAAGAUGAAGUUUCAAACAAAAACAUUAAUGCCCACAAAACUCAUGAUGAUCACACAGAUCAACUAGAUGCUGGUGCUAGUUUUGUUCUUAAAUCCAAAGGAUCAUGGGUUCAUAGUGGAUAUCAUUUGACAACAUCAAUAGUAGCACCACCUCUUCUAAGUCUUCCAUAUGCCAUUGGAUUUCUUGGAUGGACGGCUGGGAUUAUUUGUUUGGUCAUCGGUGCUUUGGUCACUUUCUAUUCAUAUAAUUUAAUCUCUUUGGUUCUUGAACACCAUGCUCAACUCGGUCGUCGACAUCUUAGAUUCAGAGAUAUGGCUCAUGACAUUUUAGGGCCUAAAUGGGGUCGUUAUUAUGUUGGCCCUAUUCAAUUUAUGGUUUGCUAUGGUGCUGUUGUUGGCUGUACUCUUCUAGGAGGUCAAUGCAUGAAGACAAUUUACUUGUUAUCAAACCCAAAUGGAGAAAUGAAGCUAUUUGAAUUUGUGAUCAUAUUUGGGUGCUUCAUGUUGAUUUUGGCUCAAAUCCCAUCUUUUCAUUCUUUAAGACACAUCAACUUAGUCUCUUUGGUUUUGUGCCUUGCCUAUAGUGUUUGUGCUGCUGCAGGUUCCAUUCAUAUUGGAAAAACAUCAAAGGAGCCAAAAGAUUAUUCUCUCAAAGGUGAUACAGAGAACAAAAUUUUUGGAAUCUUCAAUGCCAUUGCUAUCAUUUCCACAACAUAUGGAAAUGGUAUCAUCCCAGAAAUUCAGGCAACAUUAGCACCACCAGUUAAGGGAAAAAUGUUCAAAGGGCUAUGUAUUUGCUACACAGUGGUGAUUGUGACCUUUUUUAGUGUUGCUAUCAGUGGUUAUUGGGCAUUUGGCAACCGAGCUGAGGGCCUAAUCCUCACCAAUUUCUUAGAUGGGGCCAAGCCAUUGGUCCCAAAAUGGUUCAUUCUCAUGACCAACAUCUUCACCAUAAUGCAAUUAUCAGCUGUUGGAGUGGUUUAUUUGCAGCCUACAAAUGAAGUUCUGGAAAGAGUGUUCGGGGAUUCAUCGAGGGGAGAGUUUGCUGCUCGAAAUGUUAUCCCAAGACUAAUUACUCGGUCGCUAUCAGUAGUGAUAGCGACCACCAUAUCGGCUAUGCUCCCAUUUUUCGGGGACAUCAAUGCUUUGAUUGGGGCAUUUGGUUUCAUGCCACUUGACUUCAUAUUACCCGUUGUGUUCUUCAACUUGACAUUUAAGCCUUCUAAAAAAAGCUUUGUUUUUUGGCUUAAUCUCUUAAUUGCAGUUGUUUUCUCAGCUUUGGGGGUCAUUGCUGCAGUGGCUGCAGUUAGACAAAUAAGCCUUGACGCCAAAACGUAUCGCUUAUUUGCAAAUGUAUAAUUUUUUUUUUAUAUAUUAAUUGUGGGAUAUCACUUUUAUUUCUA